AUGUCCACGCCAAUAGAGAUCGGCGAAGAGGAGUGGCAGGAUUUGAAGGAGGAGAUGUCAUAUUCCACACCAACAACACCAUGUGCGCUUGUAUCUGAAUGGGUACAAGAACUCCAAAAGUUUUACCGUGACCACCUCUUUGGGUAUCCAAUGAAAAAUCACGAAGAGAAUCGCGUCUUCUCCCCCAGGCAUGACGUCUGCUGCGUUCAUGUCCCAGACGACGGUUAUGUUCCUUUCUCGAAAGCCAAAGACGACGUCGAGAUUGUCAACAGUGCUGCCUUCAUGAAAAUGUCUGUCAAAAGAUAUCUCGUGACGCGGGUUCGCUUCAUUUUCCAGAGCGCUUAUUCUCUCAAUGAGUUUGCCAAAACGCUGCCUGGCCGCUUUCAUACCACAACAAUCAAUCUCGAACUACAAGCCUUCCACUCAGACGUGUUUCCCGCCGGCCCUGAAGGGCAUCGUGAUUUACAAGAAGAACAAGAAAAAGCACGUCAACAUCUGGCAGAAUGGAUGAAAGCGAUGAAAGCACUUCCCCCACGAUUGUAUUUGGAAGUCAGGCUAAUAAUACCUUCUUUCCAUCGAGGUCACUUCGACCUUAACCGCGAAACAGAAGAAUUUCGAAGUGGACGUUUGGGACGGCUGGACAAACUGAAGGUUUUAUGGAUUGGGGCGAACGGCGAAAAUCGCUUUUUAAGAUUUUAUGAUGAUUACGGCCAAAAAGGUGGAAACAUUAGUCUAAAUGGAAAGCUAAGUCUCUCCGAAGAAAGAGGAUAA